UUUUUUCUCGUGUGCAAUACUUUUGGAUAGUGCGUCACACCACAUUUUCAUAAACUUUUGCGUAAUAACAUUCAGCAAAACUAUAUUUUUAUAGAGACCUGUGUUUAAAAUAACUGUCAAAACCGAUAGAAUAUUAAUCAAAUUGGAUGAAUGAUUCUGAUUUAAUAAAUUUUUACACGGAGGCGAAUUAAAAUGAAAUUCGUUGUUAAUACAAUUUCUGUAUGUUUAUAACGUUGAUCGAACCAAUAGAAAUUCAGUGUGCAAUACUUAAAUAUUAUAAUUUAUCAUAAUGCCUGGUUCAAGACACAAGAUUUUAAGUCAUGUGUUCAGUGGAUUUUCCGAAAAGAUGUCUCGAACAAAAGUAUUAGAUAUUGGAGCUCAAGCUGCUGAGACGCCAUUGAAACGAUGCUUGACAACAUUUGACAUCACAUUGCUAGGUAUUGGACAUAUGGUUGGUGCUGGAAUUUAUGUGCUCAUUGGAACGGUAGCAAAGGAAAUGGCAGGACCAGCCAUUAUGUUUUCAUUUAUGCUUGCUGGAGCAGCGUCUAUGUUAGCUGCUUUGUGCUAUGCAGAGUUUGGUACUCGUAUACCUAAGGCUGGUUCAGCAUAUGUUUAUACUUAUGUAAGUGUUGGAGAAUUUUGGGCAUUUGUCAUUGGAUGGAACAUAGUACUCGAACACAUGAUAGGAGCUGCUUCGGUGGCACGUGCUUGGAGUGGAUUUUUCGAUUCAAUGUUCGACAACGUCAUUAGAAAUACAACUGUAUCAAUGUUGGGAGAAUUGCACGAAACGCAUUUGGGAAAAUAUCCGGACGUUUUUGCGUUUUUCAUAUGUCUACUUCAUGCUUGUAUAUUGGGCGUUGGUGUUAAAACGUCUUCAUACAUGAACAGUUUCCUAACUUUAGUAAAUUUAGGAGUGAUGGUUGUUAUAGUGGUGGCUGGAUACUAUUACGGUAGCAAUGAAAACUGGUUUGGUCCGCGUGGUUUUAUGCCUCGAGGUACCACAGGGAUAAUAGCUGGUGCCGCCACGUGUUUUUAUGCAUAUGUUGGAUUCGACAGCAUCGCUACUUCUGGUGAAGAAGCCAAAGACCCUGGUUACUCCAUUCCGGUUGCUAUUAUCAUAGCUAUGAGUGUCGUUUGUACCGGUUAUGUUUUGGUGAGUGGUGCGCUGACGUUUUUAGUUCCUUUCGCGGACAUAAUACCGGAUGCUGCUUUUCCAGCAGCUUUUGAAAGAGUUAAUUUACACUGGAUUAAAUAUUUGGUAUCAAUUGGUGCUCUUUGUGGUAUGACUACUACAUUGUUUGGAUCUCUUUAUUCGCUGCCGAGAUGUAUUUAUGCGAUGGCUGAUGACGGAUUGAUUUUCAAAUUUAUGGCUAAAGUCAACAAGAAAACUCAGGUUCCUAUAAUUAACUUAGCUAUAUCCGCUCUCUUGUGUGCUCUUAUCGCAUUAUUUUUUGACUUGGAAAAGUUGGUUGAAUUCAUGUCUAUUGGAACUUUGCUUGCAUACACUAUUGUUAGUGCGUCAGUUGUUAUACUUCGGUACCGCCCUACUAAUCGAGGACUGAUGCGUGAUUCUAGCAGUCUUUUGGAAUUACCAACAUCACAAGCGGAUUCUUUUGAAAUGGAUAUGGGUGGAAGACUGAAACCAUCGUACAAACGUUUAGAACCAAUUCUCAAUCAUUUUAAACCCGGUACUAUUGUUUCUUUAUGUACUGCUUGGUUUACACUCUCAACAGUUGUACUAUGUGUGUAUGUCCAACACUGGCUUGAUUUGCAAUACAUAAAUUGGGUAGAUAUCUCUGUACUAAUCGUUAUUGGUGUCAAUUUGCUAACUUGUAUAAUAUUUAUUAAAGCCCACGAACAAAAUUCUACUGAACUUCCUUUCAUGGUGCCACAUGUGCCUAUUAUACCUUUAUUGAGCAUAAUGUGUAACGUAGUAUUGAUGACCAAUUUGAAUAUGUUAACGUGGAUGCGAUUUUUGAUAUGGAUGGUCAUAGGUUUGCUGAUUUAUUUCUUAUACGGGAUUCAUUAUAGCAAAGAAAAUGAUGUUACGUCGUACUCUGUACUGUUAUCAUCUUCAGAAGCGGGUAAGACUCCUUGGGGUGCAAUCAAUAAGUCAAAAAAGAAAUUGAAAGCCGAUGACGAUAGAAAACCAAUUAUUGACAAUGAAGAACAUCCAGAUAACGGCUAUUAUCAUUGAAAAGAAAUCUGUAAUUAAUAUUUUGAUUUAUAUUACUGUACAAGGAGCAGUUACUGUAAAAAGUUUAUUAAUAGUGAGAUAAUAAUUUUGGAAAGAAUGUGUUGUUGUUAAAAUGCCAUCUAUUUAAGUACUUAUUUGAAUGGUGCUCUAUUUAAAAAACAAAAUUAUUCAUCAUGUUUUUAGAUUAUUAGAUAUUUCGAAUGUUCAUUUAAUGCCUAUGCCGAUGAAUCCGCACACAAAUAAAAUGCUUAUUUAUAAUACCUAAUCUUUGUAGAAAAUGAAUGUCUAGAUUUUAUAAAGUAAAAUAAUUAUCCUAAAUAGUAUACAAUGCUAAGUUCAUCAAAUUAUCAUUAGGUUGAAGUUUAAGCUGUAAUAAAAAUGAAUAAUAUAGUUUCCUCUAAUUUAUUUGUGUCAUUAAUGCAUAGGUAACAUAUAUAAGUUAACAUCAUAGUCGAAAUAUAAAAUAAAAUGUUAUUA